UGCUCAGUCAGUUCCCAACCACCACAGGUGACACUCAUUGUGCUGUUGAGUGCUGGACGAUAGGAACGAUGUACAGAUUAAUCACCAUCGCGUUAUUAUGCUCCGUGGCUGCGCAGGAGACGACCACGGUCACCUACAUCAAGCUCCCACCAAUCGACACCACCAUAUCUGACCUACCGCUCAACAUACCGUUAGACAACCCCGAAAUCACCACGGAGGUGGAACUAACCACUGAGGCGCAGCCAACGACAACCAGAAGAUUCACCAGAAUACCUUUCAGACCGAACCCGCGGUUCAUGUCGAAACUGAGUUACUACAAUGAGGUUCCGACGAAUAAUUUCAUAGAGAAGUUCUCCAAGCGCACUUACAAGAGUAAGUGCAGGUGCGCUAAAAUCUGGAACUGUCCCAAACUGCAGAUUACUGUACCACGAUGCCCGAACGAGUAUUUUAUGUGCUGCUUUUAGUGAACUGCUGCGGGCAUGUGCUGUUGCAACCUCAAAUUUUAAAUAAAUGAAUGAUUUUGUGGGUUCAUAAGA